GCAGCUGGCAAUGACGGACAGGCGGUCCCAGAGGGGGAGCCUGAGCACGUGAGCGUGCACACUGAAGCGUCGAGCUUCACACCUCAGCAGGCCUCUGAGCAGGCGGUCCCGGGCGUGGGCCCUAUACCGGAAGCCAUCCCUAUAGUCCAGCCGUAGUUCGCGGCUAACUUCAUGAACUUCCUCCAGCAGAUGGCUGGAGCUUACGUGCCUUCACCGCCACCACCGCCGCCACCAGUGGCGGUGGUCACUAUCGAGAAACUCUGGAAGAAUGGAGCUGAGGAAUUCUUGGGCGAUCAGAUUGCCGACCCCAUGAUUGCCAAACGGUGGUUUGAGCGAACCAUCCGAGUGUUGGGGAACGUGAGGGUUCCACAAGAGCAGCGUGGCGACCUCGCAGUCGCAUUACUUCAGGAUUCCGCCUACGACUGGUGGAAGCGUGUGGGAGCAGGCGUCCCGGAGCCCGUGCAGUGGGCCACAUUUGACCGACUCUUCCACGAAGAGUACAUCCCUGAGCACUUCGUCGAGGCGAAGCGGGAGGAGUUUUUGAAGUUCACCCAGGGUGAACUCACACUGCCUGACCACCCAGGAGAGUGUUGGUACACUCUUGGCCUGUGCCUUGGGUGUGGCCAGGCCGGUCAUUUCCGAAAAGAUUGUCCGAAGAAUCCGGGUGAGGCAUUCUCGACCGCACCAGCCGCUCCAGCCCCAGCAGCGCAGCCCGCCCAGAGUCAGAAGUCGGCGGCAGCAUCUAGCCAGCCCAAACGGCAGGCAUCUGGCGCUCAGGCGGGGAAGGCCCGUACUUACGCAAUGCGAGGGCGUACCGAGCAGCCCGCCCAUGACGUCAUCAUGGGUAUGUUCACCUUAUUCGAUACAUCUAUUACAGCUUUGAUUGAUCCGGGUUCCACUUUAUCAUAUGUUUAUAUGCCUAUGCCUGUUAUGCCUAACAUUCCGAGGGAAAAUUUAGACAAUCCGGUUUUAGUGUCCAACCCAUUGGGACACAGUCUACGACUCACCCAUGUGUAUCAUGAUUGCCCAUUAGUGGUCCGGGGAAAAAUUUUCCCUGCGAGUCUCAUUGAGCUUCCACAUCGUGAGUUUGACGUUAUUCUGGGCAUGGAUUGGCUCACCGCCAACCAAGCCGUUGUUGAAUAUGGAGUUCAUACUGUUCGACUGAGAGCCGAAGACGGUAGUGACGUACUGAUCCAUGGUGAGCUUCUUCCGAAAGCUCAAGAAUUCAUUUCCUACAUUCAUGCUCGUCGACUCAUUCGCAAGAACUGUGAAGCAUUCUUGUGCACAGUGCGUGACACUUGUCAGGAGGUGCCUGGUAGGGGGGAUAUCCCUACGAAACGCAAACGGAUUUCAAUUCGGACCCGUUUGGGGGAAAAACGCGUACCGUUCAGCAGCAGCACCAAGGGGAAUUCUGGUAGUAGACGCGGAGGAGGGAGAGAGGGAAGUGCACGUGUGAAGCAGGCCGUUCGUCCGUUGUCCGUUCAUUAGCACCAUUCGUUCAUCUCGUUCCAUCAAUCCCUCCAUUUAGAGAUAAAUAUUUUACUAUAUAUUUAUUACUCCCAAAGUAGUAUUAUUAUAGUUUUUACUAUCCUAUAUUAAACUUGCUAGCACAAGUUUAAUCUUGGACUCCGGAGCAAGUUCGUGUGGAUACGUUGGAGGCUUCAUACGUUUGGCGCUACGUUCAUCUCCUCAAAACCAUCCCCGACCGUUCCUCCGUUCUCCGUUUUCACCGUUAAGGUAAAUUUCUUACUAUAGCUAGUAAUUUACGUAAGUUGUUCUUGGUUGGAAUCGAGUUUUGGACUAUAAAUUUUUGUUUUCCGCUGCGUUAUCCAAGCCUCGUUUCCCUACAGUGGUAUCAGAGCCGGCUUACGAAGUUACUAGUUUAGUAGUUUUUACCGUUAUUGUUUUUGUAAAUUAGUCAAUAAAUUUUGGAGACAAAA